GGAUUUUAGGGCCCACCCACUAAACGACUCCCCUGCACUCUUACACCCGACGUCCGAUCUCCGUCCGGGGUCAGAACCCGUUCAGAGUAGGGGGGUUCCCGCGGUCAACACUACAACCAGACACGCGGCGCCACCCCGAGGACGCCCGACCGACGGGUCGUCGAGGCGAUAGUCGACGACCAACGACGUCGGUCUCGACGUGCAACCUAACUUAACCAUCUGCCCUCUGAGUUUCUCGCCGGAUCAUCUCAGCGGUUGGCGAUUUCUAUCCGGUAGUAGAUUCAUUCGCGAAGCAGCUGCCCUUGAGUUGUUAGGUCUCCUUUGGAGGCGCUCGGGUAGCUGUUAGCAAAUUUCACCCCUCCUGGCUGAGCCUUUGCUCGCCAACCUGUCCUGGUGAAAUUGGAGAGGCCUCCGGACCACCAGUAAUCCCUCAAGCAUAAAAAAUACCAAACUACUAAUUGUAUAGGACUCGUUGCAGAUCCGUCGUAUCAUCCGAUAUAUGAAGCUCAAUAAUACCAAACAAAUAUAGGUAUUCUCUAAACGACACACAAUUCAGAUGAUACAAUUAAAAAUGGAUGACAUUCGCUUGCUUAGAACACCCAUUACACAUGAGAUCGCGAUAAUAAUUAGCCUGCCAAAGGAUCAGAGACGGUUACGACCAAAACAACCGUACGUGACGAGGGCAGGGUUACGUCACCCCUCGAUAACAGAGCGACGACCACGUAUAUGGAGCUCGGCUACUGGCGCGGCGCGAUCCUUCAGUACGCGACGCGCCAUCGGACAAAACGUACGCGGAUUUCAAAAUAACACAACACAACACGAAAGUAAAAAAAUAUAAAAACAAUCACCGGCACAAUCAUGUCAACAAAGGUUGAAGCCCCCGCCGUCUGUAACAGCUGCGACAAAGUGAUUCAAGGCAGAAUCGUGACGGCGCUGAACAAGAAAUGGCAUCCCGAGCACUUUGUCUGCAACACCUGCCGUAAGCCAAUCGAUGGAGCCAAGUUCCACCAGCACAACAACGGUGUCCAUUGCGUGCCCUGCUUCACCAAACAUCACAGCCCGCGGUGCCAUGGAUGCGGCGACCCCAUCACUGACCGUGUGAUCCAAGCUCUUGGCGUAUCGUGGCACGCUCACCACUUCGUCUGCGGUGGAUGCAAGAAGGAGCUUGGCGGUGGAGGGUUCAUGGAACAGGCUGGCCGUCCCUAUUGCUCCGAUUGCUAUGCAGACAAGUUCGCCACUCGCUGCAAGGGGUGCGGAAAUCCAAUCGUCGAUAAAGCCAUCAUCGCGCUUGACGCUAAGUGGCACCGCGAUUGCUUCACGUGCAUGGUAACGACGCAUUCUAACGUGUAUAUAUUACAGGGGUUUGUUCCUUACAACGAUAACGGUAAAAGUGAAAGCCCUUUUAUGAGCAAAUAUAAUGUUCCCUGAACUUGGUCGCUCUAAACGACCUUAUAGCCAAAGCUAGGUAAAUUGUAUUGCCGGGGUCAGUUGUCUAAUGCUUGACCAGAUGAAAUAAUGAUACUUGGUAGACAUUUUGUUUGCCGUAAGAUUGAUGGGUUCUUUUAUAAACGCCGGACAUACUUCGGAUAAAUAUACAUAAUCCUGAAGUAGUUAGAGAUCGCAUAGAGCUCUUGAGUGAAUCCAAUCCGUAAUGGGCAGCAUUUGAAGCCAAAGAAGUUAAUUCGCUAGUUAAGAAGCUAAUAGAUACUGCAAAAAUUAAAAGUACCAUGUUUUAUGGUAAAGCAACAUCACAGCCUUCCUAUAGCUAUGUAAUUGUGACAAACAAAAGGAACAAACCCCAAUUCGAAAUUUAGAAAUAGUCAAUUUUGCAUCAAACUGAAUUUAUUCAAAUACUUUAUGAACAAUCUUUCGAUAGGCGGAUAGAAGCAACAUUCGGAUCGUUGAGAGAAAGUGAGUAGAGGCAUAAUGCAAUUCCGAAACAGCAUACCGGUGUCAGAUAAUAAAUGCGAAUGGCAUCAUUAAAACAGCCAAAGCUUCAGCAAUAACAUAGAACUUUGCGCUCUUGCCAAAAUAAAGACAUAAAAACAAUGAGUUAUGUUUUGAUGUACUAAAUAAUAAUACGUUCUGGACAAAAUCUUGGCAGCGUGGUGAUAUUGGAUGACUUAUGAUGAGUUCAAGGUCUCCUUGAGGGUUUGUUGGAUUUAGAGAAUCAGGUGGGAAAAUAGAUGAUCUUGGAGAAAUAGAGUAUGUGGGCGCGGCAUGAUAAACGAAUGUAAACAUUUUAUGGAUACGGCAUAACUACGGGUAAGAGGGUAGUUGCGGUAGUAACAUAUGCCAGCCGUUAAACAGUGGGAGAUAUCGGACUCUUGUCUCAAGUUAUGGUGGUUUGAUGAAUCAUUACCCUGCAAAUUGAAAGCUGAUGUAUUGAUCAGUAUUUUAUGCAUACUAUUGGCAGUAAAAUUACUUUAAAAUUUAAAGCCACGCUGCUGUCUCUGUAUAGUACACAUCCCAUAACUCAAUGAUACGCAAUUUAAUGAAAAAUAACCAUAGUUUAAUAAAACGCAGAUUAUAUUUUUCAUUGAAAUCAGCAACGCACUAAAAUCAAGAAAUGCGCCGAAUUUUUUUUUUGGUGGUAGACAGGAAACAUUUUUUUUAAAUAAUUCCAAUAAUACGCUAUUUUCUAACACACACAAGGGUUUUGAAAGUCCACACGAUUUUUGCUAUUUUAGAUAACAUUUAGAUAUGAAAUGCGUUACAUAUAGUAGAAUCUGCAUUUUAAGCAAAUUUUUCUCUCUCAAAAAAUUUCUCUUUAUAAGUUCAGUACUCCUUAUUCAAAGGUCUUAUGUGAAAGUAUUCUCCUCUGUCUUUAAUACUUUCUUACAUUAGGAAAGAAUCCUAAAUUAUAACAAUUUCUCUGAUUGUUAUUUAGUAGAUAUGAAAGUCUCUUUUAGCGACUUCUCUCCCGUUAUCCAUUCAGUUGCAGGACUUCGCGUUAUUUUCCCGCCGUAUUCGCCACUAAUUCCUAUCUUGAUUCCACCUUUAUACGUAUAUUCCUGGCUUUUUCUAGUCACGAACCGUCACGCGUUCCAAAUUAAAGAAGAAAACAUAUGACGUUAUUCCCAUAAGUAAAUGCAAUUGAAGCUUCUUCGUACCUGAUAUUUCAAGAUACUGUUGUGUCUUAUCAAAUUUUAACUAAGGAAAAUCGUACGGUGGAAGAUCACAUCUGUGGAGAGUUGGAGAAACUAAUGGCUGCAUCUCCCCAAAAAUUAAAAUUUGAAAGCCUAACAAAAGCUAUUUACGAAAACUAACACUUAACCUCUUAAAUUUAUGAAUUAAAUUAACAUUAUAAACGUUCACAAAUUACAGAAGUGCAGGAAUCCAGUGACCGAUUCGACAUUCUCCGUGAUGGAAAACCAGCCACUCUGCGGUAAAUGCGCUUAAUUCAUCACAAAUAUAUAAAUAAAAUCCCCCAUCGAGAUGUAUAGUAACACUUUUAGAAUUGAUGUGACAUAAAUUGUAACUAUUCAAAUGUAUAGUGAAUUAAUGUUGGAAUUAAUAAAAAUAUCAUGAAAUCUGACAGGGCUACCGUAAAACAUAGAACUGCGCUAGUGACAACAUGAAGAUUAUUUGUAAUGUUUCACACUAAUUGCACAUCAACAUUAAAAAAAAUAUAAAAAAAAGAGUUUAGGUAAGACUAGGUAACUAAAAGGAAUAUGUCAGAUUUUUUUAAUUAAUUUCAUUGUCACAUGAUUAUUUACAAGUUAUAAAAUCAGCUAAUCGGUCUACCUAUAACGCUCAUUCCCCAUUUUAUCGACAUCCUCACAGUUGUUAGCGACAGUUAUCAGGGUACGCCGAAGCAAAACUUUUGUGUCACUUUCAAUUUUAAAGAUGUGAUUAAUAUAUUUUAUCUACAUUAUUUUAUUAUGUCUUAGUUCAUAGAAAACUUUUAAAUAUCUUUAAUUAUGAUGAUUUUCUCUGGAAUUUAUGUCGUUCAAUAAACAAACGAAAAAAAGAAUGCACCAAAGAUAAAUUACUCACGCGCAAUAAUAUUUCGUGUGUAAAUAAACUUUUAGUGUUACAUUAUUAUUACAUUUCUGCAUAGAGGAAUUUCAAAGCAUAUUAAUAAUUCGCACUACAGAUAAUUAGAAAUAAGGUUUGUCCUUAAAAUCCAAGAUAAUGAAGAAGAAAAAAAGGUUUGUGCGAAUUGACACCAAAUAAACAGGGUUCAGUGGAGACGCUAGUGCGUUUCACUUACAAUUAUGUAAAUGAUGUGUCUAAUCUUUACUUUCUUAAAGCAAUCCGUUAAAAUCCAUAAACGUAUUAUAGUGUAUCAAAAGAAAAAAUAUUACAAACAAUUAAUUAUAAGUUCCAGUACAAAAUUGUACUGUUUUAAUGUCAAAGACAUAAAAUUUUAGAAUAAGAAAUUGAAAACAAUUUAAAUAUUUGUGAUUAAUAAAGCACGCUGUGAUGCUUAAUAAGCUUUGGGCUAAAUUUUUGUUUUUCGUUUCACUUUUUACUAAGCUAAGAUUCAUUUUGUACGCUUCGAUAAAGUUUUUGAAAUAAAUAUAUUUUUUUGUUCGACAAUAAA